CGUCCCCUCCGUUCUGCAUCCCCAAACUUCAGCCGCAGCUCUGUUUCAACCCAUCGGCUGCUUGCUUCAAAUCAGACAGCACCGCGACCCAGACACCCGAGUCCGCGGAGUGAAAGCACAACGCCGAGUAGGACCAGACCAGGAAAAUAGACUCGUGAAGCAGCAACUCUGGAUUGGGAGGGCAGAAGCCAACAAGUGAGAAGGCGCGGCGUUUCCGGGGCGCUGUGCGAAAGCUAGAGCAGGCGCCAGAGAAGACAGCUCGAGCUCAGAACCCGAGACCAAGCCUCUCUCCCGGAGGCAGCUCAGCUCCUAUCUUCUCUAGGCCCGCUGCAGCGUGCGCUGGGCUUCGUUUUAUGCGGGUACGAGCCACGUCCCCGGGGAAUAUGCAGCGUGCGUGGAUCCUGCUCACCUUGGGCUUGAUGGCCUGUGUGUCGGCAGAGACGAGAGCAGAGCUGACAUCUGAUAAGGACAUGUACCUUGACAGCAGCUCCAUUGAGGAAGCUUCAGGAUUAUAUCCUAUUGAUGAUGAUGACUAUUCUUCUGCCUCUGGCUCAGGAGCUUAUGAAGACAAAGGGAGUCCAGAUCUGACAACAUCCCAACUGAUUCCAAGGAUCUCCCUCACUAGUGCUGCUCCCGAAGUGGAAACCAUGACGUUGAAGACACAAAGCAUCACACCCACUCAGACCGAGUCACCCGAAGAAACUGACAAGAAGGAGUUUGAAAUCUCUGAGGCAGAAGAAAAGCAGGACCCUGCUGUAAAAAGCACAGACGUGUACACCGAGAAACAUUCAGACAAUCUGUUCAAGCGGACGGAAGUUCUAGCAGCUGUCAUUGCUGGCGGUGUGAUUGGCUUUCUCUUUGCCAUUUUCCUCAUCCUGUUGUUGGUGUACCGCAUGCGGAAGAAAGACGAAGGAAGCUACGACCUUGGAGAACGCAAACCGUCCAGCGCAGCUUACCAGAAGGCACCCACUAAGGAGUUUUAUGCAUAAAACUCCCACUUAGUGUCUCUAUUUAAGAGAUCACUGAACUUUUCAAAAUAAAGCUUUAGCAUAGAAUAAUGAAUAUCUUUGUUAUCUGUUUUGUUCAUUACAGAGCCAUGCUGGCCCUUUAAUGAUGAAGAUCCCAUUGUAUUUAAAAUUUUUCAUAUAUUUCUUUAGAAUGACUUAAAAGUAAAAAUUUAACAUCUGCAGUGUUCUGUGAAUAGCAGUGGCAAAAUAUUUUGUUACAAAAACCCUUGACAUUCAUGGAAUUGAUUUGAACAUCUAUGUGCAAAUACAAAAUGAUUGUGUUUGUCCUCUGGUUCAAAGAUGACUGCUGUUCCCCUCAUCAGCAGAUCUCCAGUUGACCUUACCGAGUUGAUCUUUGUUAAUUUAUCUCUUGUUCCUCUUCUCUGCCCUCCCUUCUUGUCUCCUCCCUUAAAAACAAAACCUUAUGCCUUUUGUAGCUGUCAUGGUGCAAUUUGUCUUUGAAUGAUUACAAUAAUGGUAAUUUAGUGUAUAUGUGAUUUUUUUCAAUUAUGUAAACUUUAACCUCCUCUUUAUGUAAUUUUUUUAAAUGUCAGACUACCCAUUUUACACUUGCUUUAAUUUCCAUUCCCUGUAGCUUCAGGCAGAUUUGCAAAGGCAAAUUAUAAAAUUGGAUUAUUACUACGAAACUGUUAGUCCUAGUUAUCUAAGCAGAUCUUCUCUUGGAGGAUUUGACAUCACUGACAAGCCUCAGCAAACCCAAAGAUGCUAACAGUAUUUGAGAAGUUGCUACAGACUCCUUUGGCCACUGUACUUGCUAGUUUACAAUUUGAAGGUACAAGGAAGAGUUUAAAGGAAAAAAAAGAUCAGUUUUUGUUCUUAAAAAUGCAUUUAAGUUGUAAACAUCUUUUUAAGCCUUUGAAGUGCCUAUGAUUCUAUGUAACUUGUUGCAGACUGGUGUUAAUGAGUAUAUAUAACAGUUUUUAAAAAGUUGGUAUUUUAUAAGCACAGACAAUUCUAAUGGUAACUUUUGUAGUCUUAUGAAUAGACAUAAAUUGUAAUUUGGGAACAAGCAAACUACUGAAUAAAUCACAUGGCCUAAUAUUGAAAAUGUCACUGUUAUAAAUUUUGUACAUUUCUUAUCAAAUGUACAGCUUCCCUUUGCUAUGACUGACUGUCUGUUCUCAGUG